AUGCGGUCCUUCUUUCUUUCUUCCAUACGCCAGACCCGUCUGUUUUCCAUGACCUCGCUCGUAGAAAAAGCCAAAAGAGCCGCUGCCCACAGAGCAGUCGACGAGAACUUGUCUGCACACGCCAAAGUCGUUGGUGUCGGCUCUGGAUCCACCGUGGUGUAUGUCGCCGAAAGACUCGGCCAGUUGCCGCAAAAGGCGCUGUUUGUGUGUAUUCCCACCGGUUUCCAGUCGAAACAGUUGAUUAUCGACAACGGGCUCACCUUGGGCACCAUCGAACAGUUUCCCCAGAUUGACAUUGCCUUUGAUGGAGCCGACGAGGUGGAUGGGAAGUUGGGGUUGAUCAAGGGAGGCGGCGCCUGCUUGUUCCAGGAGAAGUUGGUGGCCACGGCUGCAGAAAAGUUUGUUGUCGUUGCCGACUACCGCAAGGAGUCGCGUGUGUUGGGCUCGCAGUGGACGAAAGGUGUUCCGAUCGAGAUUGUGCCCAACUCGUAUGCUAAGGUCACGCUUGACUUGAAGGCGCUAGGCGCCCGGACGGUGGUGUUGCGGCAAGGCGGCUCGGCCAAGGCCGGGCCUGUUGUGACCGACAACAACAACUUUUUGCUUGAUGCCGAUUUCGGCGACAUUUCGGACCCAGAGGCGUUGCAUGCCCAAAUCAAGAUGUUGGUGGGUGUGGUGGAGACUGGGCUUUUCACCGGCAUGGCCACGAAGGCCUACUUUGGCCAGGAAAACGGCGAGGUGUCGGUGUGGGAAGCAUGA